AUGAAAUUCUUUAGCACCCUUGCUGCCUCCUUCCUCGGCCUUGCCGCCGUUUCAUUCGCUGCCCCCUUUGCCGACCCAGAUGCGGCCGAGGCCUACGAGCUCAUUCAACGUGAGGCAGGCAAAGCCGGAGUUGAGGUUGUGGUUCGUACCGCGGAAACUGGCGAUGUCAGUAUUGGUCUCACGCCCCGGGGCGACGAUGAUGAAGACUUCUCGGGUGAGAUUGUCGAGAAGCCCAACGGUACUCUGGUCUUCUAUGACGAGGCCGGCAAAGAACACUCCAUUGACGAGCUGGUUGACCUGGCCGAACGAGGUGAAGAUGCCGCAGAGCUUCUCGCAGAGCGCGGCCUUGGAUCUUUGAUCAAGGGACUUGGAAAACUGAAGCCAGUCUGGCCCGUGAUUAAGAAGUAUGGAAAGCGAGCUAUUGUGAGAACGCCGAUCACCGUUGCAUAA